GAAAGCUUGGUAGUUUAGUUAGACUUAGUCUAGCUAUAUUUAAGUACAUAGAUACUAACCAACCAUACACGUUAUAUUUAUAAUAUAAUAAAAAUUAAGAUAGAUCAUAAGUAUUUAAUGUGAUUUUGUGAAUAUCUUUAUGAAAUCUGUGAAAUAUAGAUAUGUGAAUUUGGCGCCAAAAUCUGUUCUAAAAGUGAACACCAAGUAUUGAUGUGAUGGGGGAUUUAUGUGAUGCUGAAAUAGAGAUUAAUAAAUAAUAAGUUAACAAUAUUCGGUGAUAUUCAGCUUACAACAGUGAAGACCCCUGAAAAGCUGGAAAAGUAAGCAAUUGCAAUUAAAAAAGAUGUUUUCAACAAAACAAUCGUUGAUCUGAAAAGCUUCGAUAAAUUUAGUGUCGGUGACGAAAUCUGCCUGAGAAUGUUCGUUGAUAUAGAUUGCGGGAAUACAAGAUGAAUUGGAACAGAUUCCACAGUUGAAGCUGAAAUAUCAGAAUGACCGGCAAGAUGGCCGAUGACCCUGAAAUCCCGGAAACAGGAGCAGUGUUCACUUUCGGCAAAUCUAAAUUUGCGGAGAAUUCUCCAAGCAAAUUCUGGAUCAAAAAGGACAAUAUUGUACUGAUAUCAUGUGGAGAUGAACAUACUGCAGUUGUCACCCAGUCUGGCAGACUGUUUACAUUUGGAAGUAAUGAAUGGGGACAGCUGGGGUUAGGACACAACAACAAUGCUCCCCGACCCAGCUGUGUAAAGGUUUUGAAGCCCGACCCUGUGACAGCUGUUGCUUGUGGUCGCCACCAUACUUUGGUGGCGCUAGAGUCGGGAACUGUCAUGGCGAUGGGUUCCAAUAGUGAGGGUCAGCUGGGGUGUGGUCGGAACCCGGAGUGCACAACUGAACCAAUUCAAGUUUUAGGUCUUGAUAAUGCUUCUAUUGAAAAACUAGCGGCAGGAAGUAAUCAUUCACUGGCGCUGACAACUGAGGGGCAGGUUUAUGUCUGGGGAAGCAACACUGAGGGUCAACUUGGCCUAGGGGAGGAAGGAGAAGAGUUCAUUUAUAGUCCACUUAAACUUAAUCUUAGUUUCAAGGUUGUUGAUAUAUCUUGUGGAUAUUAUCACAGCGCGCUGGUCAAUCAAGCUGGUGAGGUGUACUGCUGGGGGGAGAGUGAAGGGGGUAGACUGGGGUUAGCUGGAGCAACUGGAGACACAGAUACGCCGAGAAUGGUUAGUUUACCAGAGAAGGUUAUCUCUGUAUCGUGUGGUGGACUCCAUACAAUUGCUCUCACUCAGAGUGGUCGCGUAUACUGCUGGGGGCAGAGUACACAUGGUCAGCUAGGUUUAGGAACAAGAAUUUUAGAGUCUUCCACUCCCCAUCCUAUAGGAGCACUAUCCCAUCUUAAUAUUGUACAAAUAUCGACCGGUGAGAAUCACAGUGUUUGUGUCAGCAACAAUGGCCGUCUGUAUGUCUGGGGAGACGGGAGAUAUGGGAAGCUAUGUUUGGAUUUAGAAACGACGACCAACCAUUUCUCCCCGGCUUAUGUUACAAGAUUUAAAGAAUUUAAGGUUAUUACAGCAAAGUGUGGAGGAUGUCAUACAAUGGUUCAUGGUGUACCAGGGUAUACACAAAGUGAAGAUGAGGAUGAUCAAAUAUUGAACGAAUCAAUCAAUGAAGAAGUAAACCUUGAAGCAAGAGAAAGAAGGAGAAGUGGGAUUAGCAGGGAAGAAAGUUUAAAGGGUCCUGCUCCUUUGCCACCUAUAAAUUCCUCGCCAACUAGAACAGUUGCGGAAACUACCGAAGACAAUGAUCUGAAAGAGAACAAGGAAAUUGAGAAACCUGAACAAAUUGAGGAAGAAAAAAAAUGCGGGAAAAUUAGCAAAUUUUUUAGCGGAUUUAGGAGAAAAAAAUCAGUUCUGAAAAGAGAACUAGCAUUGGAAGAAGACAAAGAAGAAGAAAGUGAGAGAAAGGAGGAGGUGAAUGGCAAAAAGGAGGAUGAGGAGGGAAACAACAAAGAAGAAGGGAAGGAAGAGGACAGCAAAGAGGAAAGUGAUAAAAGUGACUCCAAACCAGUUUCAGAAAAUGGUGAACGUGAUACCAAUAGUGAUCAUGAAGAUAACGAUCAUGAUGAAAAAGCAAAGAAAAAAGUUUCAUUUUUUAGCAGAUUUUCUAAAGGAAAUGAAACAACUGUAGAAAUUAUUGGAGAGGAACCCAAAGGAGGAAAGGGGUUAAAGAAUUUCUUAAAGAAUACAAAUGUCAACAAAGAUGACUCUUCCAAGAUACGAGACGAUGCCGUCAAUGACAACGACUAUGAUAAUGACGAAGAGAAUGAUGAUGAUGAUAAUACUGAUGAUAGUAUAAAAGAUUCAGAAAACGAUUCGUUGUCUUCAUCCUCUUCCCUGUCUGGAGUGCAAACCAAACCUAAACCUAAACUUGAACCUAAAACUAGCAGUAAACCUGGGAAUGGGGUCGGGAGCCCUACCUCUAAUGGAGCUGGGAGCCUUGGCUCAAAUGAAACAAGUUCAAUUACUUCUCCGAAAAACACUGUAAAAUCUAAAACCUGUUCUAUAUUCUAGAAGUUUCUAAACCCUGUUCUAUAUUUUAGAAGUUUUUAAACUCUGUUCUAUAUACUAGAAGUUUGUAAACCCUGUUCUAUAUUCUAAAAGUUUGUAAACCUUGUUCUAUAUUUUAGAAGUUUUUAAACCCUGUUCUAUAUUUUAAAAGCUUCUAAACCCUGUUCUAUAUUUUAAAAGUUUCUAAACCCUGUUCUAUAUUUUAGAAGUUUCUAAAACCUGUUCUUUAUUUUAGAAGCUUCUAAACCCUGUUCUAUAUUUUAGAAGCUUCUAAACCCUGUUCUAUACUCUAGAAGUUUCUAAACACUGUUCUAUUUUCUAAGUUUCUAAACCCUGAUCUAUAUUUUAGAAGUUUCUAAACUCUGUUCUAUAUUUUAGAAGUUUCUAAACCCUGUUCUAUAUUUUAGAAGUUUCUAAAACCUGUUCUAUAUUUUAGAAGUUUCUAAACCCUGUUCUAUAUUUUAGAAGCUUCUAAAACCUGUUCUAUAUUCUAGAAGUUUCUAAGCCCUGAUCUAUAUUUUAGAAGUUUCUAAACUCUGUUCUAUAUUUUAAAAGUUUCUAAACCCUGUUCUAUUUUCUAGAAGUUUCUAAACCCUGUUCUAUAUUUUAAAAAGUUUCUGGACCCUGUUCUAUAUUCUAGAAGUUUCUAAACCCUGAUCUAUAUCUUAGAAGUUUCUAAACUUUGUUCUAUAUUUUAGAAGUUUCUGAAUCCUGUUCUAUAUUUUAGAAGUUUCUAAACCCUGUUUUAUAUUCUAGAAGUUUUUAAACCCUGUUUUAUAUUCUAGACGUUUCUAAACCCUAUUCUAUAUUCUAGAAGUUUCUAAACUCUGUUUUAUAUUCUAUGUAGAAGUUUCAAAACCCCGUUCUAUAGUCUAGAAGUUUCUAAACCCUGUUCUAUUUUCUAGAAGUUUCUAUACCCUCUUCUAUAUACUAGAAGUUUUCGAACUCUGCUCUAUAUUCUAGAAGUUUCUAUACCCUGUUCUAUUUUCUAGAAGUUUCUAAACUCUGUUUAAUAUUCUAGAAGUUUUUAAACCCUGUUUUAUAUUCUAGACGUUUCUAAAACCUGUUCUAUAUUCUAGAAGUUUCUAAACCCUGUUUUAUAUUCUAUGUAGAAGUUUCAAAACCCUGUUCUAUAGUCUAGAAGUUUCUAAACCCUGUUCUAUUUUCUAGAAGUUUCUAUACCCUCUUCUAUAUACUAGAAGUUUUCGAACUCUGUUCUAUAUUCUAGAAGUUUCUAUACCCUGUUCUAUAUUCUAGAAGUUUCUAAACUCUGUUUUGUAUUCUAGAAAUUUCUUUAUUUUAUUUAAAUCAAUUGAUUCUAUAUAUUGCACAAUCAGUCCCAAUAAAAGUAGUAAUAGAAUAUAGAAGAGAGUGAGGAUUACACAUCGUCUGAAAGGAAUUGAAAUUUUACAACAAACUCUGAUUUCUAAUCUCAUAUAAUUUUGCAACAUAAUGCCAAAGACCUCAGAUAUUUUAAACAAUGAAUGCUUUUAGAUUAAAUAAUCUAAGUGUGAAAUACAGAAGGUUCCAAAGACUUAGGCAUUGAAAAAAUUGAGUUUGUGGCAAAGACUCCAUUUCUUUAUAUUUCACACAUAUCUUAAAAAAAUCUUGAACGAAAGUUAACACCAAAUUGAGGCGUAGUAUGUUUAUUGUUUUAUGAAUGUGCUCACUUGGGAACCCUGCUUUGCCUGGAGCUAAUAAAUAUUUCAAAGCAAACUAAUAAGAUCCCCGUGGUUCUACCUAGAGCCCCAAUCAAAAUUUGAGGCAGAUCAGUCAAGGGGUUCACAAGUUUAUAUCGGACAUAGAAACAGAAAUCUGUCAAAAGUCUAAUUUAUUCAAUAACAACGAAAUCUUUAAAAUGUUUAAUAUCUCCGUCAAUUUUGAAGAUAUAAAGAAGUACCGCAAA